UUGCUUAGAGAAGCAAACUGAAGAUGUCUACGCAGAGGAAUUUUUUACCUGGAGGUUACAGGUAUGGAAUAACAUGAGCAAUGGGUUGGAUGUUGGGUGUGGGGGGCCCAAAAGAUGCUAGAUUUGUAGACAUAGACAACUGCGAUUCACGGAAUUGCUUUAGGCUUUGGUAUAUAAGGAAAGACUUGAACUUGAUUAUUAUCAGUUGAGUCAAGUGAAAGUGUUCGCGAUGAAACUGAUAAUCCUGUUUAGCUUCUGUGUUGGGACGUUGGCAGUUCCUAUGUUCCAGUCCGUCUCUGUCAAAGAUGAUGGUUCAUACGACUUCUCAUAUGAAACUGGCAAAGAGGGUGGAAGCCACAGUCGCACUGAAAAAAGAAAUCCUGAUGGUGUAGUAAUAGGAAAAUUCUCUUACGAAGAUCCAAAUGGCGCUAUUAGAGAAAUAAGUUACAGAGCAGAUGAGUCAGGAUAUGUUGCAAAUGGAGAUGUAAGUGUCGAAGGUGCACCCAAAGGACAAUUUCCUGCAGUACCAGAAUUCAACAGCGAUGAUCCAGUUGCACCAGAAGAUGAUAAAAACCCAAAUGUAUUAAAACCUGAAGACGAGGAAACACCACAUGCAUCCGAGCAGCAUCAUUCUGAUGAAGAAUCUCACCACGAUGAUAUCCACAAUUUGUCUCUGGAAGAGCCCUCAGCAAAUGAACCUCCAGAAGCUUUUCCCGAAGGGUACUUUUUACACAAAUUUACAGGCCUUCGAAGACUGCCUGAGCCUACGAAAGAAGAACCGACCGCAACUUCGGCUCCAACAACUGAAGCAUCAGAGCCUCAAGCUUUUCCUGUUAGUGUUACAGAGGAUCAGCCACCCCAAGAAGCGGUGAUUGCAAGUGAUGCUGCUAAUGAAGAACACAACAAAAUAAAUAGAGAACCUACUAGCGAAAUGGAAUUGCUCAUGCAUCCGAGGCCUUUUCAAGGGUUCCACUCAGCGCAGUGGACUUCUUCUAUGUUUCAUCAGCCCGUGUAUGUAUUUUCUUACCAGCACCCCGAGUCUUUUGGGUAUUAUUACUACUACUAAUUCAACUUUAUCAGCUUUCAUACCCAAAACCCUUUACAUAUUUUUUUUCUGUUUCUGUUGAUGUAGGGGUGCACAACCUGAAGUCAAGAGACUAGAUGCGACCCUCAAACAACCAAUGUGUGGGGUUCACAUCUUCCAACCAAACAAAUUGUUCGAAAAAAUUGCACAACUGGAAAAGAAAUUUAUGUAUAAAUUUUUAAACUAAUUUAUAUGAAUUUUGAAAGUACACGGAAAUUAUAACAAUAAAAUUUCAAACUGAAGGGGUAAUAAAUUGAGGUACCAAAAUUUUUAAAACUGUUGACAUUACAAUUUUUUUAAGAAAAUUUUCUUUAACCGAAUCAUGAAAUGACUUUCAUAAAGUAAAUAAGGGAAAGUGGAAAAGCUUUGUUGCAGAUAUGACCAGAUGGCAAAGACUACUUUGGACGGCCUUGGCCUGUAACAGACUAUAGUGCCUUUAAAAAAGAAAUCAUAAGAAUUAGAGAUGCAACUAAACUUUGCAAAAAUUAAUUUCCAUGAAAUAAAAAGAUUAAAUUUUCUACAGGAAAAUGGCAAACCCACUACAAUUUAAUUUUAUUAAAGACAAAGUAAGCAAAAUUUAACAUUUUUAAUGCAAAAAAUGUUAUACAUAUAAUUUGCAUUUACUUUAUAUUAUAUGCUGUAAAUUAUAUAUUGAUUUUGUAAACAAAUGAAUACUGUCCUCAUUAGGCUAAAGACAAAUUAAGUUAUUAUUAAUAUAAAAACUUAAUUUAUUAGGCACUAACAGUUUUUUUUUUAUGACUCUUCCAAAAAGGUUGUGCACCUCUGUGUUGAAGAAAAAUAUGGGAAUAUAUCAGGAAAAAAUAUAGACAACUAUGCUUAAACAAUGAACGGGAUUUAAAAUAAAAUUUACAAAAUUUCGGUAAAAACAGACAAUAUGAAAAUAAGUGGAAUUUUAGUCAUUCAAGCAAGAUAUAUACUUAUUUAUAGGACUAUGUGUAUCAAAGGUUAUUGGAAUUCUCACACUUGGUUAUUAAUAAAAUAAAAAUGUGAUUAAU